AUGUUCAUGAAUGGUUCUUUCCCCCACUGUCUCUACACUAAUGUUGGCCCUAUUCACUCCGGCAUGAAUGCUUAUCUUUUUCUUACUUGCUUCUUUUCUUUUUCUUUGUCAUUACAUUCUGACUUAUUUGUUUCCUUUUUGCUUUCUUCCUCAUUUCUUUCUUUAUCCUUUUCUUUCUUUUUGUCUGUUUGCUUUCUUUUUUUUUUUCUUACUUGCUUUCUUUCCUUUCUUUUUGGAGUUUCCUUAUGUCCAGUAUAUGAAUUCCUUCUCCUUUCCUUCCUCCUCCUUUUCCUUCUCCUUCACUGUCAAUAUACAUUUCCUUCCUUCCCACCUACUUAUUUUCAUGAUCAGUAUUUCCCUUCCUCCUUCUUUUCCUUCCUUUCCUUCUUCCUUCCUGUCCGCCCUUUAUUUUCCUUUUCCUCGCAAACUAUUCUUUCUCUUACUUUCCAUCUUUUACGCAUUUAUCAUUUCAAAUUCUCUUUCUUCUCAUCUUACGACCAUAUCACAUUAUAA